AAUCAGACCUGCCGGGGUAGCUCAAUCGGUAGAGCGUGUGGCUCUUAUCGUAUCAACGAUAUAUCACAGACACCUCAAGGUCGCGGGUUCGAGCCCCGCCUUCGGCUAUUCCUAUACAUUCGUUGUCAUCCUCUUUUUGCACGAUGUCGUUGUGGUAUAGGACCGAAAAUGAAGAAGUUUUUUUUGUUUCUUUUUUUGCCAAGAUUCUGA